AACCAGUAAACAUGUUUCCCUGAGUUCUGUGAGCCAUUACAGUAAAUUACUGAACCCGGGGAAGGGGUCACAGGAACCCCAGUCUGUAGUCAAGUUAAAACCUGGGACUCACUACUUGUGACUGGUGUCUGAAGCUAGGAACAGCUUUGUGGGACUGAUUCCUUAACCUGUGGGGCCUGUGCUAACUGUGAUGCAACAGAGACAGGAAGGCCCAGAGAAGACCCACUUCAGGAGGAGACCCCCUCCAUGAGAAGAAUUGAGCCACCUUAUAUAUGAGGCCAAGAGACCAGCAAACACAAAUGAAUGGAAGCCAAAAAGAGGAACAGUCAAAAGGUCAGUGUGUUCCAGAACCUGGUGAGUGAGAAGGAAGGAGCAGGAGCUGAGGACAGAGUGAGCUCAGGCGCUGUGCGGCUGAAGUCUGGCUUUGCUGUUCCUUCCUGUGGCACGUUGAGGACUCUCUCACCAUGGGUGCAUGCAGCCAAACCCCACUGCGAUGCCAGUACAUGUCUGUGAAAGUCCUUCUCAUUGAGAAUUCGUGGAUUGGGUUUCUGAAAAACAUCUUUAUAGUGUGCAUCGUGGUCUACAACUGCUUUGCUUUGGUGAGUGACAAGCGGUACCAACGGAAAGAGCCUGUCAUCAGUUCUGUGCACAGCAAGAUAAAAGGGAUAGCAGAGGUGAAAAGGGAGAUUAUGGAGAACGGGCAGAAGAAGGUUGUGUGGAAUGUCUUUGACAUGGCGGAUUACACCUUCCCCUUGCAGGGGAACUCCUUCUUUGUGAUGACAAACUUUCUCAAGACAGAAGGCCAAGAGCAAGGGUUGUGUCCUGAGUACCCCACCCGCAGGACGCUCUGUUCCUCUGAUCAGGGUUGUAAAAAGGGAUGGCUGGGCCCGCUGAGCAAAGGCAUCCAGACCGGCAGAUGUAUAGAUUAUAACAAGAAGCAGAAGACCUGUGAAGUCUUCGCCUGGUGUCCUGUCGAGGCAUCGGAAAAGGCUCCGGAGCCUGCGCUCUUGGUCAGUGCUGAAAACUUUACUGUCCUCAUCAAGAAUAAUAUCGACUUCCCUGGCCACAAUUACACCACGAGAAACAUCUUGCCGGAUUUAAACAGCACUUGCACCUUUCACAAGACUCGGGAUCCACAGUGUCCCAUUUUCCGACUAGGAGAUAUCUUUCAAGAAACAGGAGAUAAUUUUUCAGAAAUGGCAAUUCAGGGAGGAAUCAUGGGCAUUGAGAUCUACUGGGACUGCAACCUGGACAGAUGGUUCCAUCACUGCCGUCCAAAAUACAGUUUCCGUCGCCUUGACGACAAGACGGCCAAGGAGUCCUUGUAUCCUGGCUACAACUUCAGAUUUGCCAAGUACUAUAAAGAAAAUAACACUGAAAAGCGGACCCUGAUAAAAGCUUACGGGAUCCGUUUUGACAUCCUGGUUUUCGGCACCGGGGGAAAAUUUGACAUCAUCCAGCUGAUCGUGUACAUUGGUUCAACCCUCUCCUACUUUGGUUUGGCCACUGUGUUAGUUGACAUGCUCAUCAACACUUAUUCAAGUAAAUACUGUCGAUCGCAUGUUUAUCCCUGGUGCAAGUGCUGUCAAUUCUGCGCAGUCAAUGAAUACUACUACAAGAAGAAGUAUGAAUCCAUUGUGGAGCCAACACAGACAUUAAAAUAUGUGUCCUUUGUGGAUGAACCCUAUAUUAGGAUGGUAAAUGAAAGACUACUUGGGAGAAGUCUGCAAGAUGUCAAAGGUGAAAAAGUCCAGAGAUCCCAGCUGGACUUUUCGGACUUGUCCCGGCUGCCUCUGUCUCUUCAUGACCCACCCCCGAUUCCCGGACAACCAGAGGAGAUCCAGCUGCUUGGUGAAGAGCUGCCCAGGGACUGCCCGGAUUGGUGCCAGUGCGGAAACUGCCUUCCAUCCCAACUCCCUGAGAACCAAAGACGCCUGGAGGAGCUGUGCUGCCGGAAAAAGCUGGGUGCCUGUAUCACCACCUCAGAGCUAUUCAGGGACCUCGUGCUGUCCAGGCGGGCCCUGCAGUUCCUCCUGCAGUACCAGGAGCCCUUGCUGGUGCUGGAUGCAGAUUCUGCCAACAGCCGGCUGCGGCACUGCGCCUACAGGAGCUACACCACCUGGCGCUUUGGCUCCCAGGACCUGGCUGACUUCGCCAUCCUGCCCAGCUGCUGCCGCUGGAGGAUCCGGAGAGAGUUCCCCAAGAGUGAAGGCCAGUACAGCGGCUUCAAGAGUCCUUACUGAUGCACUGAGCAGUCACUGAACAUUGCCUUUGCUUGCACCUUGAGCUUCACCUGCCAGGAUGUGUGUCCAGAUUUUUAGCCAAAGGGAAAUGGGCUUUCCUCUCCCCCAGCUCUAUGUGUGUCAGAGAGAAAAGUGACAGGGUAAACAAACAACAGAUAAACCAGAAUCCCUCAGCAUGGACUGAGGGUCAGAUUCAUUCAUUCAGAUUCAUUUCUCCAUUCUAUCCCUAGAUGGUUGAGAUCCUAGGCCUUUAACCUCUGUACCUUAGUUGCCUUAUUAGCCAACCUACUGUUUCACAAUUAGGAGAGCAAAUUGAGGCAGUGUACACAAAUUUUCUUAUUAAUGCAUAAAAGCUACAUGAAUAUGGGCUUCCCUGGUGGUCAAGUGGUUAAGAAUCCACCUGCCAAAGCAGGGGAUAUGGGUUCAAUCCCUGAUCCAGGAAUACCCCACAUGCUGCAGAGCAGCUAAGCCCAUGCACCACAACUACUGAAGCCCAUGCCCUAGAGCCCAUGCUCCACAACAAGAGAAGCCACUGCAAUAAGAAGCCCGCAUAUUGCAAUGAAGAGGAGCGCCUGCUCUCUGCAACUAGAGAAAGCCCGCACACGCAUAGCAAUGAAGACCCCAGCACAGCCAAAAAUGAAUUUUUUAAAAAAUAAUGUUCUUUUAAAAAAAGAAUGAGGAGGGUUAAAAGUGCCCACAAGUUUUUUUUGACAUCUGUUCCACAGGACCUGAGAUGCCAUCCAACCAUCUGAGAGUUAUAUCUCCUCCCCUUGGGUCUUGACAGCUUUGAUCACUUUAUCCAAUGAUAAAGUGAUGCUGUAUCUGAUUCAGGGUCUUGGUCCUAAGAUGCUGACAGUUUCUAUUUCCUGUCCCUUGAAACUCUUGCUGCAAAGAAAACCAGCUCUCCUAUAAAAACCUGCCCAUUCGGAGUCCACCCUGCUGUGAGGAAGCCCAAGCAGAUGUGUGGAGAGGAGAGAUGCCUGACCAGCGCCCAGCACUCAAGACAUCCAAGCCUGUCACUAGACAUGGUAGAGAAGAAUCCUCCAGGCUAUUCCAGAUCCUGCUAACAUAUAACUGCAGCUGAACAGACACCCUAAGUAAGAAUUUCCCAGUGAACCCACAGAACAGAAUUGUUAUCUUAAACUAUGUUUGGGGCUGUCUGUUAUACAGCAACAGAUAACUGGGACAGACAGCAAGCCUGACUCAUAGGACGUAGACUCAGCCUACACCUUCUCUGGUUCUAAGGUUCUUAGGCAGCCUGGAUAUCCCUGGAGCCCCUUGAGGGCUUAGGUUUCCUUUUAUUUUAAUUGGAGGAUAUUUGCAUUACAAAGUUGUGUUGGUUUCUACUGUAAAACAAUGCAAAUCAGCCAUAAUAUAUAUAUGUUGUUAUUGUUCAGUUCCUCAGUCGUGUCUGACUUUUUGCAGUCCCAUGGACUGCAGCAGGCCAGGCUUCCCUGUCCUUCACCAUCUCCCAGAGCUUGCUCAAACUCAUGUCCAUUGAGUCAGCGAUGCCAUCCAACCAUCUCAUCCUCUGUUGUCCGCUUCUCCUGACUUCAAUCUUUCCCCACAUCAGGGUCUUUUCUAAUGAGUCGGCUCUUCACAUCAAGUGGCUGAAAUAUUGGAGCUUCAGCUUCAGCAUCAGUCCUUCCAGUGAAUAUUCAGGACUGAUUUCCUUCAGGAUUGACUGGUUUGAUCUCCUUGCAGUCCAAGGGACUCUCAAGAGUCUUCUCCAACACCACAGUUCAAAAGCAUCAAGUCUUCAGCACUCAGCCUUCUUUAUGGUGCAACUCUCACAUCCAUACAUGACUACUGGAAAAACCAUAGCUUUGACUAUAUGGACCUUUGUUGGCAAAGUAAUGUCUCUGCUUUUUAAUACACUGUCUAGAUUUGUCAUAGCUUUUCUUCCAAGAAGCAAGCAUCUUUUAAUUUCGUGGCUGCAGUCACCAUCUGCGAUGAUUUUGGAGCCCAAGAAAAUAAAAUCUGUCACUGUUUCCAUUGUUUCCUCAUCUAUUUGCCAUAAAGUGAUGGGACUGAAUGCCAUGAUCUUCGUUUUUUGAAUGUUGAGUUUUAAGCCAGCAAUAUAUGUGUGUGUAUAUAUAUAUACAGCAUAUAUGCACCAUAUGUAUCUUCAGCAAUAUAUAUGUGACUACAGACCAAAUCAGGUAACUCACCAGACCAGCUCUGGAAUCCAUCAAAUCUAACUGCUGAGCUACCCAAUACAUUGCAAUCCACAUCACAUUUCUAUGACUGGAAGUAACUAUUGCUGUUAAAAACUGGAAAAAAUAAAAGCCACCUUUAUGCCUUUAACAUCCUGUACUUUGCAACCAGUUACAAUGGAUAGUCUGAUUGCUACUUAAAAAGCAAUUCACACUCAAAGCUCUUACCAUUUCUAUCCAUCAACCACUGAGAGUAUAAAAAUGAAUAGCAGGUUUUAGGAUCCUCCUCAGGAUUUCCUUUUCAAGGUUUUAGCACUAGAACAGACUGUUUCAAAAUGACAACUAUUUUAAACAAUAAAUACAGAGCACUAUUCAAAACUGUGACUAAUAAAUGGUGUGAGUUUUUAUACAUACUCUUUAAUAUUUAGCACUUUGAUACUUUUUAAAAAUCACCAGCUUUCUACUGUAUUAAUGUAAAAUAAUAUGAACAAAAACCUUCCUUUUUUGACCUAGCAUUUUAUCUGGCUUUAAACUCAGGAAUCAAGUUAAUUGGGCCAGAUGUAACUCAUUUUUACUACCUUUCAGAGAUAUUUUUGAAAAGUGAAUUAUAUAUGACUUCUUCAGCACUGAAAUUUUUUACUCCAAGAAUUCUAUGUACCUGCCACAGAUUUCCAUUCUGAUAGCCUCUGAGCCUUCACAUGAAAUUUUUUGGUGCCUAUUCCUAGUGUGCUUCUCUCACUUUGUGGAGGCCCCAGAUGGAGUCAGAAUUCGGAAUGACAAAUAAUCACUGGAUCCACCUACUGUUUUCCUUCACCUUUCCCAGAUGCUCUGGGUGAGAGGGUGAAGUGUUACGUCAACUGCAUGUCUGACACUUCCUAGAAUAACAUGCAUCACAUUUAUAUUCUUAUUUUUAGUCUACUGUAGAAAACAGUGUCAUUGCCAAAGGCAUCCUAAUUAAAGUCACAUUUUAUAGGAUCUGUUUUUUGUACUUAAAUCCAUUCUUCUGUUAUAGGAAUUGCACAGUAUUCACUGCUUCAACUCUGUAUCGGAGAUCUGCUUUCUUGUAACUCUGCCUGAUUUCAUGUAGCAUUGGUAUGGACUUGCAUUCUUCUCUUUAGAGGGAAUCCUUCUUAAAACCCUUCCUAAUUCUAGCUUGGCAAUGCAGAUGUCUUAACUGUUUUGAUAAUAAAA